AUGUUGCAUUUGCUUUGGUGGAUUCCAAACUUGGUGCUAAAACCAUAUGCAAAUUUUCAAGGUGCGCUCUUCUCUAUCAACACAGUUUUUUACACAUGGUUGAUGCUUAUCGUGGUAAAUAUUUUUCCACUUAUACUUAUCUUUAUUCUCACACCCUGCCCCCAAUAUGUGUCUCCAGAGUCAUUCGAGUCAGCCAGAGUAGCUUUAGUGAAUGUAACAUCAAAAGGUGUUACUAAGGUUAGGAAAUCAACAACAAAUGGUGUUUUAAAACCUGAAAUUAGAGUUGUAUUUUCUGUAUGUUGA